CGUCAUCAACGCGCGCCCGCUGUGUUACCCGCGCCGUUCCUACAAGCGUGUGUUUCCAUCUUCAAGUAUAUAAUCAUUGGUAAAGCUUCGGCAGCCACUGCCAGAAGCAUACGUUGUUUUUCCAUCGUAAUUGUUUUAGAUAUAUCGAGCGAUGGAUAUGGACAGUGCCAGCACAGUGGUGCUGCAGGCCUUAACCCAAGCUACCAGUCAGGAUACAGCUGUGCUCAAGCCAGCGGAAGAGCAGCUCCGACAGUGGGAGACCCAGCCCGGCUUCUACUCAGUUCUUCUGAACAUCUUCAAUAACCACAUGCUGGAUGUGAACGUCAGGUGGCUGGCUGUGCUCUAUUUCAAAAAUGGCAUCGAUAGAUACUGGAGGAGACUAGCGCCUCAUGCGUUAUCAGAAGAAGAGAAGAUGUCAUUGCGUGCUGGUCUCAUCACAAACUUCAAUGAGCCUGUCAAUCAGAUAGCGACCCAGAUUGCAGUACUGAUAGCCAAGGUGGCCCGCCUGGACUGCCCCAGGCAAUGGCCAGAGCUCAUCCCCAUUCUGCUGGAGUCUGUGAAGGGUCAGGAUGGCCUGCAGCAGCACCGAGCGUUGCUGACCUUCUAUCACGUCACCAAAACCCUCGCAUCCAAGCGUCUGCCGCAGGACAGGCCGCUUUUCCAGGAUCUGGCGUCAGGUAUCUACAGCUUUGCAUGCUCACUGUGGAGCCAUCACACUGACUGCUUCCUCCAGCAGAUCUAUGCCAGAAAUGAGGUUGCAGCUCUCAGCUCACUGGAGAGGACACUGCUCUCUCUCAAAGUGCUACGAAAGUUGACUGUCCAUGGAUUUCAAGAACCACAACAGAAUAUGGAAGUGAUGGGUUUCCUGAAUGCAGUGUUUGAAAGGCUAAAACAGUUCUUGGAGUGCUGUCGGCAGGUUGGUCCAGAUAGCACAUGCAGAGAAAAGCUAGAGAAGACGAUCAUACUGUACACUAAAGUUUUGUUAGACUUCCUGGAAUACCAUCCAUGUCCAUUUAUACCCCUAAUCCAGCGUUCCUUGGAAUUUGCGGUCAGCUAUGUGUUCACACCUGCAGGGGAGGGAGUGACCUUUGAACGCUUCAUUGUUCAGUGCAUGAACCUCAUCAAGAUGAUUGUAAAGAAUGAUGCCUACAAACCUGCCAAGAACAUUGAUGACAGUAAACCAGAGAGCCUGGAGGCUCACAAGAUCAAGACAGCAUUUUUCACACACCCCACACUGACAGAGAUUGGACGCCGGCUUGUCUCACACUACUUCCUUCUCACAGAAGAAGAGCUGGCAAUGUGGGAAGAGGACCCUGAGAGCUUUGCUGUUGAAGAAACAGGUGGUGACUCUUGGAAAUACAGUCUACGGCCUUGUACAGAAGUGUUGUUCUUGGAUAUCUUUCACAACUACAGCCAGACCCUGACGCCGGUGUUACUGGAUAUGGUUCAGAAUCUCCAGGGCCCAACCAAUGUGGAAGACCCUGUUCAGUUGCUAAUGAAGGAUGCCGUAUACAAUGCAGUUGGACUGGCAGCCUAUGAACUGUUUGACAACGUGGACUUUGAUCAGUGGUUCAAGAAUCAGCUUCUUGGAGAGCUGCAAGUCAGUCAUCACAGGUACAAGUUGAUUCGACGACGAGUCAUCUGGCUAAUAGGACAGUGGAUCUCUGUCAAGUUCAAAUCUGAUCUUCGACCUUUACUCUAUGAGGUCAUCCUGAGCCUAAUGCAGGACCCGGACUUGGUGGUGCGAAUUGAGACAGCUACAACCCUGAAGCUCACUGUUGAUGACUUCGAGUUUCGGACAGAACAGUUCCUCCCAUAUCUGGAGUCUAUCUUUGGGCUGCUCUUCCAGUUGUUACAGCAGGUGACGGAGUGUGACACUAAAAUGCAGGUGCUCCAUGUCAUCUCCUGUGUCAUUGAGAGAGUAAACAUCCAGAUCCGGCCAUAUGUAGCCUGUCUGGUUCAGUACCUGCCACUGCUCUGGAAACAAUCUGAGGAACACAACAUGCUUCGAUGUGCCAUACUUACUACACUCAUCCAUCUGGUACAGGGCCUGGGAGCAGAGAGUAAGAACCUGUACCCGUUCCUUCUUCCUAUCAUCCAGCUGAGCACCGAUGUCUCCCAGCCACCACAUGUGUAUUUGCUGGACGAUGGACUGGAACUUUGGUUGGUGACUUUGGAGAACAGCCCAGCUGUCACCCCAGAGCUACUCAGAAUUUUCCAGAACAUGUCAGCUUUGCUGGAGUUGAGUUCCGAGAACCUGCGUACCUGCUUUCAGAUCGUUAAUGCCUACAUGUACUUAUCUGCCCCAGAGUUCCUGCAGAAUUAUGCAGAAUCGUUGUGUCGAUCCUUCUGUGAUCUGCUGAGAGACAUCACGAAUGAGGGCCAGGUCCAAGUGCUCAAGGUGGUAGAGAUAGCUUUAAAGGUUAGCCCCAUACUAGGAGCGCAUAUGUUCCAGCCCCUGCUGCCAGCUGUCUUUAGAGGUAUUGUGGAUGGCGAGCGAUAUCCCGUGGUGAUGUCCACCUAUCUAGGAAUCAUUGGCCGAGUCCUGCUCCAGAACUCCAGUUUCUUCUCCUCUUUGCUCGCUCAAAUGGCCUCUGAGUGCGGCCAAGAGAUGGACCAUUUGUUGGGCAGUGUGAUAGAGAUGUGGGUUGACCGCAUGGACAACAUCACUCAGCCUGAGAGGAGAAAGCUGUCGUCACUGGCUCUCCUUUCCCUCUUACCAUCUGACAAUAGUGUGAUCCAGGACAAGUUCUGUGGCAUCAUUAACAUCUGUGUUGAGGCACUGCAUGAUGUAAUGACAGAAGAUCCGGAAACAGGCACCUUCAAAGACUGCAUGCUGAUGAGCCAUUUUGAGGAGCCCAAGUUGAGUGAUGAUGAGGAGCCACCAACUGAGCAGGACAAGAGGAAGAAACUGUUGGCCCUGGAGGACCCGGUGCACAGCGUUUCUCUCCAGCAGUUUGUCUAUGAGAAGCUGAAGGCGCAGCAGGCUCUGAUGGGGGACGAGGGCUUUGGGGUCCUGAUGGAGAGCGUGGACACAGAGCUUGUCAGGCAGCUCCAGGAGUUCCUCCAAGGCUUCUGAAUCACAUCUACAAUCUUCAUUACCUUACACAAACAUCUUUGCCUAAUGCUACCCUCUCCCCCAUUUUAAAAUGUGCUGGAAAGGCUAACAAUCUGCCCAACAUGUGGACACCCUCUACCCGUGCUAUGCCUUAUCUAUAUCCAGACCUAGCCUUGUCGACUGUCCUCAACUAAACCCCCUUUGCCCCUUUCUCUCGUAUCUAGAUUCCUUACAUACUUUUGUGGGUGUUUUAAAAUGUCAAAGUUCAGUCACAUUCUUUGAAACACCCAGGUAAAAACAUCACCACACUAGAGCUUCCAUUCAGUUAAUCUAGUUUCUUCUCUUUCUGUGGUUUUUACCUUGAAAUGGGUAGAAAAUAGGAUGGAUUGUAUAGAAGUCAGAGGUGUUAAGGGGUAUACUGCAAAAAUCAUCUGCAGGUGCCAGAGCAAGGGCCUAGGACUAUUUUCUAUGGCAAAACAUACAGAUUGUAGCUGAAAUGUGGACAAACCAAACCUGAAGGACCUAACGCAGUGUUUACAGAAUCUAUAAGAGGAAAAAAAAGAAAUGUAAUUUUGUAUGUAUGUAAAGUAUGGAUAUUCUGCAUGAUGAUAUUUUAAAUUUUAGUUUAUUUUUACAGUGCUGAUGUCUUUCAUUUAAAAAAAAAUAUUUUGUCAUAACCAGAGGUCAAGUCAAACUACUGAGAGAAGUGUUUUUUCUUUCUUUCUGAUUUGAUUUGUCAAGAAGUUUUGACUGUAAAAUGGGUGAUUUUUAUUUUAUUUUAUUUUUUAAGUGUUUAUUUGUAGGAGUGCUGAACCACAUUUCUAUGUAUAUACAUACUGCUGCUAAUUGGUGGUGUGUCGGAGCACUUUAACAACCAAAAACUUUCACAUUUUUUUUCAUCUUUUCCUUAAUGGUACAUCUUCACACAUCAGACCUUGGAGCAGUGUAAGCAGGAUUGUGCUGAAGUUGCGCUGAGAUCCUCAUGUUGAGUUGUUGCCAUUUAUAGCGUCUCAGUGCUAUCUUGUACAAUAUAAGGACUGACUGAAAAUGGUAACAUGCCAUUGAGCUGUCUUCACUGUUUCAUUUGAUGAAUUCUGGCCUAAGAGGCUGUUAAAAAGUCACAUUUUGAGUCGCUGUGACUUUUUCUAUAAGUAAAAAUACAUUACUGUUAGAAAAAGCUAUGUGUAGGUGCUCGGCUGCCCUGCCAUUUUUUCUGAUUUGAUUUAUCGUUGAAGACUUUAUAAUGGUGGAGAUGAAGAUUUGAUAUUUGAUUUGACAGAAGGACCUGUUUUUCUCAUAGGUUAUUAUUUUGAAAUUUAGCAAACUUAUAUUAUGAAGAAAAGUAAUAAAUUGCUGUGUAUUGGCACUUAAGCUCUAAUAAUUGAAAUACAUGUGGCAUAUGUGAAAUAUGCUAUAAAAAUGUAUUUGUUGUAAUUUGACAUUCGGAGGAAAAAGUGAGAUGUUAAACAAUGUGGGUCUACUCACUGCCGUUAUAAUCUAUUCGUCUGGAUUAACAUGGUUGUCUUUGCUCUCAUUGGUCAACCUUCCUGGGGAGGAGAUAAUCCUGAUAUUAGCUUCUUUCACACUGUGAUAGAAUUGAGUAGCAGUCAGAAUUAUGGCCUUAUGCUUUCAGCCUUACCUAUUCUUGAAACUCAGAAAAAAAAAAAACUUUCUUACUACUACACUCAUUUCCUAACUAGUUUAACAGUAGAAGAUUUCUGUAGUCAUAUUUUGUUAAGGGUGACGAGUUUUGAACACAACACACAGUAGAGUGAUGUUUUGGGGUUACGAAUUUGCUUAUGUUUCAGUAAGAAAUUAUCAUUUUUUGCUUUUUUUCAAAGCCUUCAAUAAAAUGCAGUGAU